GACACUACUACGAUAUUCACUCUCACCGCUAGAGAGGGCCAGCCAGAACUAGUGAACGAAGUGUGGAUAGGGUUGAACCAUGUCUGGAGGAUAGCAUUUAGAAGUGACGACUAUCUGGUUGUGGGUGGUGUAGAAGGUGGUGGAGUGAAGUUAUUUGAAAGGAUUGAUGAUGGCAAGAGACUCGAAGAAAUCGCAAAGCUCGGUGCAGUCAUCGUAGGAUGUCCCACUGGCUUCUUGUGG